GGACGGCGGUCGGCUUCGGAAAAGGGCUGUGGAAAAGCGGCGCUCUCGAAGCUGCAGGAGCGCAUCGCUCUCCCCUCUCCCCGUUCUUCCUACGGCGAGGCUCCGACAGCGGGCAGCUCUCUGGGCCCGCAGCUACAGGCACGUGCGGCGGCUGCGAGAGAGGAUCGCCGGGGAGGAAGGGAAACUGGUUGGUCGUGAAGAAGCCGGCUCAGCUGGGCGACCCGCGUCCGGGUGAGCGGGAAAAGGGAUGCAUCCUUCCCCAAGGGAUCCUCAGGGGCCACUUGGCUGGUGAAGAGCCCACGUUUCCACUGGAGUGUGCCGUGCCACGAGGGUCCACCCAGCCCAGCGCCCAGAGGGACGGCAGGCAGCAUGCUGGUGAAAGAGUAUCGGAUCUGCAUGCCCCUCACCACCGAAGAGUACCGUGUUGGGCAGCUGUACACCAUCAGCAAGCACAGCCACCAAGAGAGCGACAAAGGGGAAGGUGUCGAAGUGGUGAAGAAUGAGCCCCACGAAGACCCUGUCCACGGCCGUGGCCAGUUCACCGAAAAACGGGUGCACCUCUCCAGCAAGCUGCCUAGCUGGGCUCGUGCUGUGACGCCACGAAUAUUCUACAUCACAGAGAAGGCCUGGAACUAUUACCCGUACACAAUCACAGAGUACACGUGCUCUUUCCUGCCAAAGUUCUCUAUCUACAUAGAGACCAAGUACGAGGACAAUUGCGGAGACAGCACAAAUAUCUUCCACAAGGAAAACAUAUUGGGAGACCACGAUGUGACAUUCCUGGACAUCGCCUUUGAUGAAAUCCCAGAACGCUACUACCGGAGCCUAGAGGAUCUCCGGUACUUCAGCUCGACCAAGACUGGCCGUGGCCCGUUGCGGGAGGGCUGGCGAGAGCAUACCAAACCCAUCAUGUGCUCCUACAAGCUGGUGACGGUCAAGUUUGAGGUGUGGGGGCUGCAGACACGGGUGGAGCAGUUUGCUCACAAGGCCAUCCGGGACAUCUUGCUGAUCGGCCACAGGCAAGCUUUUGCCUGGGUGGACGAGUGGUGUGGGAUGACGAUGGAUGAGGUGCGCCUGUACGAGAAGGAAACCCAGGAGGCGACCAACGAGAUUAUCGGCAUGGUGGAGCCCACCUUCACCCUCAGCGGAGUGCGCCUGCCCCCCAACACCCAGAGCGCCCCUUCCACUCCCCUCAGCGGCGACGCGCCGGACUUCCUCAGUGUGCCCAAGGACAGACCGCGGAAGAAAUCUGCCCCAGAGAUGCUCUCUCUGCCGGUCCUGAGGGAGCGUGCCAAUGCAGAGUGAUGCCUGGCCCCACAAGGCUUACCCUAGCUCCCGAUUUGCCACCCCUUCCUUCGUCAAAGAGACUUGCCCCCCACACACUUCAUUUCCACAGGAAGGCAUGUACCUUGCUUUCGUCUGUUUUUUUUUAAAUAUUUAUGUGUGGGGGUUUUUGGUUUUUUAAAUGGCCUUUCUGAGUUUCUCCUUGUCCUGAAUUGGGCAACACCCACCUGCUGGACUGAGGAAAGGCCUACAACUUGUGGCCCACCACUCCCUUCCCCGGAUUUCGGCAGCUCUCUUGAAAAGUAAACCUUUCUGACUUGUUCUGGCUGGCGUCUAUCCAAACAUGACAGGGAUUCUCUGACUUUUCCCUUGUUUGACCUGAGGCACUGACUUGUGAUGUUCCUGUAUUGCAGAAUAACACACCCAGCCCGGUCCAGACACACACAUCCUGAGCUUCUCCUCCCUUGCAGAAAUGUUGAGUGAGAUUUAAUGCGCCAUCUUGAGUUCCUUUGGGACUCAGCGGAGUGGGCGGGCCUGGAUUGCUUGUCUCCCACCAUCUCAGCAGUCAUGCAAGGGGAUUUCUAUGGUAGCAAGGGUCAUAGCUCAGGGGCAGAGGCAUCUGCUUUGCUAGCAGAAGGUCCCAGGUUCAACCCCUGCCAUUGAGGUCUGUGUGCUGGGACAACUAGAGUCUUAAGAAUCACCAGUGGAAUAAGGACCCCUCCAGACUGAGGGUUUGUUUCAUGCAGAAGUUUUCUGCAGUGUCAUUGACACCAUCAUAGUGCAUGCAUGGUGGAUUUAUCCCGGGGUGUCCACACUUCAUUCCACUUUUUUAGCUGUUCUGUGAUGCUUCCCAAAGGUUAUCACUUUUAUGACACCUGGACGGGCAGCUCUUGUUCUCGAGUGCAACAAAGCAAGAACCACCACCCACCCACCCUGAAAAAUACUGGAACAUUAGUGGUAUAUAAAAAGUUGCAGGAUUUCUGCCCUGAAUCUUUAGUAGGUGCAAACAGGAUUGAAAACAGGAUUGCACAUAACUGCCCUGAUAGCAUUGUGAGCACAAAUAUUGGUGAAUGCACAAUAUAAAGGAUGUCUGGAGGGGCCUU